UCUUGAACAAUGUAACCACCGUCCCAUUGAAUUGUCCCCAACCCGUGAGACACAAGAAUGACGCCCCUCAAACGCCGCCGUCUCGACGCCACUGCGUCAACCCUUUCCAAACCCUUCAAGUCUCCUCUACGCCGACCACCCGCGACAGCAGCCGAAGCAGCAGCAGCACCCCACACUCCCACCAAGCACGAAGAACAGCCUUCAACAAGCACACCACAGGCCCAUUCCACCCCAGACACCAUCACCACCACUCCACGCACAGCAAUAACAACAACAACGUCAACCCCUACCCCAACCUCAAAGAGAAAGCACACGCCCCUCCUCCCCGCAGACCCCGCCCUCCUCCACCUCCAUAAACAGCAACGCGCAUUCCAAGCCCGUCUCUCAUCUCUGCGUUCCGAGCUCGACACCGCACAGCAGGCUCUCCGACUGGAAUGCUCCACCCAAGACGCCGAACUCGAGGUUCUGGUCGCAAAGUGGAGGGUUGUAGCGCAGAGUGCGGCGGAGGAGGUCUUCGAGGGGGCGAGCGAGCGUGUUGCGCGUAUGGGGGGCAUGAAAGCCUGGAGGGAGAGGAUGCGCGAGGGGAGGAUGGGAGGGUGGGGUGAGGAGCAGCAGGAACGGGGAGCAGGAGGGGAAGAGGAUGAUGAUGGGGAGGUGUUGGAGAGACAUGGCAGGCGUGGGAUGGAGGAUGAGAAGGGUGAGACGAGAGAUGGGGAUGAUGGUGAAGAUGAAGAGGAGUUUACGAUGGAUGUCAUGCUGAAGACGCUCAAUGUGGAUUUGAGGAUGAUUAGGUUUGAUAAGGGGCAGCAGAGGAAAUGUGACCACACCAAGCCUAUGUGCGGAGAAUGCCGCCGCAGAGGGACCGAAUGUUUACCUAUGAAAUCCCGCAAGGACGGUCAAGACAUCACCAUCCCAUUGGAGUAUCUGAAGCAGCUGGAGUCACGGAUUGCCGAGCUGGACCGUCCAUCGGCUGCGACGCAUGAUGUGGGUGUCCAGACGGACUUCUCGACCCAACAGCCCGGUCCCUCUACGGCGGCCUUAUCGGGCAUGGCCGAUAGCGCCCCCGGAGGUCUCCACCAGCAGGUGUUCGGCACACCAGAUGACUACUCGCAAAACGAUCUGCUGGGACACGUCGCAGCGUCGGAUCAGGACCUCCUGCGCGUAUCCGACAUGCGCUCCCACGCCCCCCGGCUGGAAGGAGCCCUGAUCUCGCGAUUGGCGUACGAGGUCUACCCAGACCGACCCGGCUGGGACUUCUACGCUGGCACCGAUGCCGGAUCGCCCCAGGCGGGAUAUCCUUUCUGGCAGGAGGAAGUAUACGCGAACCUGUACUUCUCCAUCACUCAUUGGGUGUGGCCGUUCCUGGACAGCGGCGCGUGGAAGACAUGGCGCCAAGAGUGGAACUCGGAUAGUGAGGCAGAUCAGUGGAAGGGCUUCCUCGUCAAGAUGGUGCUCGCCAUUGGGGCCUUGUCCUGCAACGUCUUACAACCGAGCCAGGGCCACUCGGCCCAUGCUGCGGAUCUCUAUACGGCCGCAAUGGCGUAUUACCCGUAUGUGAUGGGCCAUGAAUCUGCCAUCCUGCAGAUUCAGGCAUCCAUUCUCAUGGUACUGUAUGCCCUUCAAUGUCCCUCGGCGGAGGAGAUAUCGACAGCGGUCUCGUCUAUCGUACCGUUCUGCACGGCGACGGUGGCGGACAUGAGGAAGCAUGCUGCCUCUGGGAAUGGCGACGACCUAGGCCGUGCAGGGAGUCCGGGGGAGAUAUUGACCGAGACGUUAUUCAUCACAUGCUUCAUGUUGAAUGAGAUCGUCGUGUCGGGGUGGGACCGGCCGGUUUCCGCGUCUUAUCGAGCGAUUGACGAUGAUGUCUACUCCCUAGGAAACGAGGUGCCCUCGUCCUCGAGCACCAGCACGGCGCUGCGACACCUGUUCCGGCUACGCAAAAUCCAAGCCGACAUUCGACGGCAAUGGAGGGAGGUAUCAGGACAACAGCGGCCGAAUGAUACGAUGCUCAAAUCAGCCUUGGAUACGUGGAGGAACGAGAUCCCUCGGUAUGGGGUGGAAGAGGCAC